AAUAGUCCUUAUUUCAAAUUCUAGCUCCCAGGUACCAACUAGGGUUCAAGAUUUGGCAGUGCCAGAUUUCGGGCUUUUGAUUGGAUAUCAUCUGCAGAGAAGAGGGUACGUAGCUUUACAUUAUUACUUUCUCAAAACCUCCUUUCCCAAUGCUUGAAUUCCUCUCUAGAAUCUUAACUUGUUCUGUUAGAACUUCAAUGAUAGAUAAAGUUUGCAUUUUUGAGAACACUUCAUUACUAUCAUCAUCUCUCAGAUGCAUAUCAUCAAACACUACAAAUCCUAAAAAUCACCACGCAUUUACUGUGUCUUAUCUCAUAAAUUCAUGUGGGUUGUCUCCAAAAGCUGCAUUAGCAGCUUCCAAAGAUCUCCAUUUUGAUGACCCACAUAAACCUGAUGCUGUCCUUAGCUUUUUCAAGAACCAUGGCUUUUCAAAAGCCCAAAUCUUUAACAUUGUCAAAGGAUACCCUGGAGUGCUCAUGACCAAUCCUGACAAAACCCUUUUGCCCAAACUUGAGUUUUUGCAAUCCAAAGGUGUUUCAAGGCCUGACAUUGCCAAGAUCAUAUCAUCACAUCCUUGGACUUUGCACCGUAGGUACUGCUUUGUCCCUAUUUUUUAUUUCUUUAAACACUUGGUCCAAUCUGAUGAUACAACCAUCAAAGUGUUCAAGCGCUAUCCCGGUCUACUUGGACUUGAUCUUGCAAUUGUGACAUCUAUGCUCAAUAUUUUGCGAGAUAACGGAGUGCCUGAAAGUAAUAUUCCUAUGUUAGCUCGUUGCUAUCCCUUAACUAUGAUGUUGACCCUGGAGAAAUUUAAGAAGCUUGUUGAGGAAUUGAGGGCAAUGGGCUUUGAUACUUCCACGAGUCGGUUUAUUUUGGCGAUGAAUGUUCUGUGCUUGAUGAGUAGAGUCAAGUGGGAAAGGAAACUUGAUGCGUACAGAGACUGGGGUUUGUCUCAUGAAGAGAUUCUUGCAGCAUUCAGAAAGUAUCCAUAUUUUAUGACAGCAUCUGAAUAUAGGAUUAUGGAAGUGAUGUGUCUUUUUGUCAACAAAUUGGGAUGGGAGCCUUCUUUUAUUGCUAAACACCCAUCUCUUAUGUUAUACAGUGUGGAGAAGACGCUCAUUCCAAGGGCUUCAGUUUUGGGGUUUCUAGUUUCUAGAGGCUUGAUUGAGAAGAGUUUUAGAAGCUAUGAAUUCUUCCAGAGUCCAGAAAAUAAGUUCCUGCAAAAUGUCAUAAGCAGCUAUGCUGAAUCCACUGAGCUGUUGCAGUUGUACAGGGAGAAACAAAAUCUUUCAAGAUGCAAAGGCGUUUGGUGAAAAGUGCAGAAGAUACCCUGCCAUUCUUCAGAUUCCUUUGUGUGCGGAUGGUGUGAUAGACAGCUAUGUGUGGAAUUUUAGUAGAAAUGGUAUUUACACUGUUAGGUCAGGGUAUGGGGCUACAGAACAUUUGUUAACUACUUCUAAUGGGCAAACAUCUGCUGGUAAAUCUAGCCAUUCUGAUUCUGCUAAUCAUAUUUGGAAGGAGAUUUGGAGGUUUUAGGAAAGAAAACUCUGCAUUUUAUUUGUUUGUGUUGUUAAGGAAUAAAGAUGUCAUUCCUGUUCGCUUCAAUUUAUGCAAGAGGCAUGUUCAAGUUGAUAAAAUCUGCCCCCUUUUGCCCUCAGAGAGAUGAAGCAGUAAUCCACCUUUUACUUCUUGUCAGCUAGCUAGCUCACGUUCUGGUAUUGCUUUCCAAUUCAACUGGAUGUGGUCUCCAAGGCUUAAGAUAGAGGAUAGGGUUCUGAAAGUCUUUAGUUAUGCUGCAAAUUGAAUGUUGUGAUGAGGAUCGUCUGAUGAUGAUAGCUUGCUGAAUAAAUUCUUGUUUGACUGGAGACCACAUCAAUCCAUGCUUGGUUUAUUCAUUUACUUUCAAUUUGUUCAUAUCUGCUAAAACCUUCAAGACAAACUGAUGGCUUUAUGUUAACUUGGUUAAUUUAAUUUGCAGUGAAGUACCAGAUUCAUUACAUAACUGUAUUAAACAAUCUCCGUAAGGAAGGUAAUUUUUAUUCUGUCACUGCUUCAAGUUCAGUUUCCUAAUGUUUAGAUUCAUCUGCAGAAGUAUAGGGUGUUACGUUAGAAUUACAAGAGCUUCAACAAUUGAUGAAAAGCUUUAUUUUCUUCAUGAAAACCCAUCCAUUUUUAACGACACAAAUGCUGAUGACUGUCAUUUACAGUCUCAUACAUCGGAAGCACUUGUGGAUUCUCUAUAAAAUCUGCUCUAGCAGCUUCUAAACUAGUUCAUUUUGAAACCCACAUAAACCCGACUCUGAUCUCUCCUUUCCUGAAGCCCAAAUUUUGAACCUCGUGAGUAAACAUGCUCAAUUACCUCUGUACAAUCCCGAUAAAACCCUUUUGCCCAAGCUUGAGUGUUUGUACUCUAAAAUGUUCGAAGCCAUGAUGUUGCCAAAGUUGUAUAAUCCUACCUUGUGAUUUUGAGAAGCAGUUUAGAAAACCAAGGAGUCCCUGCGUUUUAUUUCUUUCAAAACUUCCAAUCUAAUGACAUUACCAUGGAAGCAUUCAAAUGAAAUGCACAUCUUCUCAAAUUAAAUCUUGCAAAUGGUGAACAGAUGCUCAGGAUUUUGCAAGAUAAUAGAGUGCCUGAAAAGAAUAAAUAUAGGUUUACUCGUCGCUUCUUUCUGGCGAUGGUAUCCAAUUUAUAAAUUAUAUGCACCACGUAGAGGAAGUGAAGGAAAAGGGGUUCAAUCCUGAAGUCCAAAUGGGAAAAGAACCUUUUAAUAUGCUUAGGAAGUGGCAUCUCUCAUUAUAGCGAUCAAGGUCCUGAAGUCCAUCAGCAGAUCCAAAUGGGAAAAUAACCUUAGUAUAUAUGGGAAGUGAGAUUUGUCUGAUGCCAGAGGUUUUUGCAGCAUUUAGAAGAUUAUAGAAGAAAUAAACUUUUUUGUUUACAAACUGGGCUGGUAGUCUUCCUUUAUUGCCCCAAUAUCCGUAUCUUGUUGGACUCAGCUUUUAGCAGAAACUCAUUCCAAGAGCUCAGGUUUUGGUCAAGAAAAAUUAUAGAUUCACCACUUGUCAUAUUUCCUGAAAAAAAUUGCAAGAGCUGGUGAUUCGUUAUGAUAAAGGUCUUGAGAGAUUUCUACAUUCACAUGCUUCCUGUUCUGAAUCUUGAUUGAAGCUUGAAUGUUGAUUUGAUUGAAAAGCAGCACUUCUAAAACAUUUUAUUUUAUUUUAUUUUUUAAUCAGAAUUGCUAUGUAUUCUCCUUUGUUCUUAAUUAACUUGAUGAUACUGAGUUCUUCUGUAGCAUAGCUUUAGUUCUUA